UUCAUUAAUUGGGCAGGAGGAUUCAUAAAAGGCGGGGUUUCACGUUUAUAUGUGGAUCAGUUCUCACUCUCUCUUGUAUUUCCUCUUUAUCUGCUCUGCCAUCAGCAGUAUCAUCUUUCACCAUGGCACAUAUGAAGCCUCAUCCCACAGUUUUGAACAAUAAGCCGAAAAAUACCUUCAUUGAGCGGCAUGGGCUUCAGGGCAUUGUCCCACUUGUGCAGAGUGUGGAAGAGACUCCAGAGCCCAUCCCUACCACCAUCAAAGGCACAAUACCUGCUUGGAUCCAUGGAAAUUUUCUUCGCAAUGGACCUGGAAAAUUUGAGUUCGGGAAUAAACUUUUUAAUCACUGGUUUGAUGGGAUGGCCAUGAUGCACUGCUUUCAGAUUGCUGAUAGUCAUGUGACCUAUAGGAGUCGCUUCCUGCGCAGUGAUACCUACAAGCAGAACAGUGAAAUGAAUCGAAUUGUGAUGUCUGAGUUUGGUACUCUUACUGUCCCCGACCCAUGCAAGAAUGUCUUCCUGCGCUUUCUAUCCCGUUUUGAGAUAAUGAAGCCUACAGACAACGCUAAUGUGAACGUGGUGAAAUACAAAGGUGACUACUAUGUCAGCACUGAAACUAAUUUUAUGCACAGAAUUGAUCCGGACACCCUAGAAACAAAAGAGAAGGUGGACUGGAGUAAGUUUGUUGCUGUUAAUGGUGCAACCGCACACCCCCAUGUUGACCCAGAUGGUACAGUCUACAACAUGGGCAACUCCUAUGGCAUGAAAGGAGCUUUAUACAAUAUUAUCAGAGUUCCUCCAAAGAACGAAGACCCUGAUGAAACACUGCAUGGGGCGAAGGUGCUGUGUUCCAUUUCCCCUGCUGAAAAAAACAAGCCUUCCUAUUACCACAGCUUUGCCAUGUCCAAGAACUAUGUGGUGUUCAUUGAACAGCCCAUAAAGUUCGACCUGCUAAAGAUAGUGACCUGUAAGAUGAGGGGGAAAAGCAUAAGUGACUGUUUCUAUUGGGACCCAAAACAAGAGACUGUCUUUCAUGUUGUAAACAAACACACAGGACAGGUGAGUCCAGUGAAGUACCACACCAAGGCUGUAACCACACUCCACCAGAUCAAUGCAUUUGAGGAGAAUGGCUUCCUCAUAGUAGAUGCGUGCUGUUCAGAUGAUGGCCAGAUUCUACAAGUCUACCUCCUUCAGAACUUGCACAAGUCAGGAGAAGCACUGGAUGAGGUCUAUAGGAGCUUAUCCAUGUCAUUUCCUCGCCGCUUUGUUCUGCCUCUGUUAAUCACCAAUGAUACUCCAGUGAACCAGAACCUCAACACAUUGCCCAACAGCUCUGCUUCUGCAGUCUGCCUCAGCAAAGACAAGGUCUUCUGCAUGUCUGAAGAUCUGCAUGACAGUGAACUGCUGGAUUAUGGUGGUUUUGAGUUCCCUCACAUUCACUAUGACCGAUGCAACACCAAACCAUACCGCUAUUUCUAUGGCUGUGGCUUUGGCCACCUGGUGGGAGAUUCAUUGAUCAAGAUAGACCUGGAGAGUAAAAAGCUUAAGGCGUGGCAUCAACCAGGCUUCUAUCCAUCUGAGCCGGUGUUUGUUCCCUCACCUAAUGCAGAGGAAGAGGAUGAUGGAGCCAUCUUAUCUGUUGUCCUCACACCCACUGUGGAUAAAGGUUCAUUCAUGCUGGUUCUUGAUGCUAAGACUUUUGAGGAACUGGGAAGAGCUGAAGUGCCUGUUAAUAUUCCGUACGGCUUCCACGGGACCUUUAAUGCCUCAGUAUAGGGGAAAAAACUCACUUAAAGCAGUGGCACAAGAAGGCUCAACUCUGCCCACAUUUGUGUUGCUUCACUUUUUUUGCUAUUGAUUUGCUUACUCCUACAACAAACUAAUAAUAUUAUUUAAAAUAUUAUCCAUCCAUCCAUUUUUCUACUGCUUAUCCGGGGUCGCA